CCGGCCGGAGCAUCGUCAUUCUCAUUCUCCUUCCCCUGCUGCUCCUCCCCACCACUCUUCUCGCCCGCCCCGAAAACCCUAGCUAAUUCUCCCCAUGGCGACGGCGAGGCUGCGAUCCGCGUCGGCGUCCUCCCUCCGGGGGAUCCUCCUCCGCCACUGCUCCGCGGGACCCGCCGCCUCCGGUGCGCCCCCGCGCGCCUUCUCAGAUUUUCAGGUUCCUGGAUCUGCAACAUGGAGGCAUUUCUCAACAUGCAAGCCUAAUCCUCUUGCAAAAGGGAACAGUUUUGGCUCAAUGGCUUCUCUGUACAGCCAGACAAGAUGGGCUUCUCAAGCCACCGCUGUUAAAGAAACUGACCCCAGUGGCGGCAAGAUAAGCAUUGGGCCCAAAUCCAAGCAGAUCAGGGAGGAGGACAAAGAUGAUGAUCUGGUUUAUCAGGGACCGAUAUCAUCAACCAUCAAGAAAGUGAAGCUUCUGUCCCUGUCCACCUGCUGCCUCUCCGUGUCGCUAGGCCCUGUCAUAACAUUCAUGACUUCACCCGACAUGAAUGUGAUCCUCAAGGGAGGUGUCGCAUCCACCGUGAUCUUCCUCAGUGCCACCACAACCGCAGCCCUGCACUGGUUCGUGAGCCCGUACAUCCACAAACUGAGGUGGCGACAGGGUUCAGACAGCUUCGAGGCAGAGAUAAUGUCGUGGCUGGCUACACCCCUGAAGAAGACGAUCAAGUUUGCUGACAUCAGGCCUGCGGAGACCAACCGACCUUUCGUCACCUUCAGGGCUAAUGGGAGCUUCUACUUCGUCGACGCCGAUCACUUCUCCAACAAGGCCUUGCUGGAGAGGCUCACGCCUAAGCUCCCUAACGAGUCCGCGUUCAAGAACUUGUGAUGGAAGCAACUGUUUUGACAGCAUUCGUGCUCUUGAACCUAGCUGAGCUAUCGUCCUUUUUUUUCCUGUAGUUAAUACUUGUGAGAAUUUAAUAUGUGGUAUUACGGUAUUGCUGUUAUUUCCACUCCAUACGGAGGUUUGAGAAUCACUGGUGUGGAAUAUUUUUAACUCGUGGACGAUUUUGAAUAAGUAGCAGCAACAUGCCCCUCUGUGUGAUUGACAGUUUA